AUGCAAGCAAAACCAGAAAGGAUAAGAUCUUCUCUGAAGAAUGUGAACAAAGAUACAGGAAAACCAGAGAAACUUAAAUAUAAGCCACUCACUGGGAAAGUGUUUUACCUCGAUAUUCCAUCAAAUGUGAUCUCGGAAAAAAUAGGAAAGGACCUCAAAGAGCUAGGAGGGAGAGUGGAGAGUUUUCUCAGUAAAGAUAUCAGCUAUCUGGUGUCUAACAAAAAGGAGGCAAAAUUUGCACCAACUCUUGGUCAGAUUUCUCCUGUUCCUAGCCCAGAAUCUGCACGUAAUGGAGGAAAUAGUUCACCUCAUCCUAGCAACCGGAAAGAUCAUCAUGAUGGGAGUUCAUUUAAGAUAGGAGAUACAAUACGUAUGAGCAGAGGAAAAUCCUUAGUUGAAAAAGCAAUCAAAGAGCAGGACUUGAUCCCCUCUGGUAGUAUACUAUCCAAUGCUUUGAGUUGGGGAGUGAAGAUACUUCAUAUUGAUGAUGUUAAGAAUUACAUUGAACAAAAGAAAAAGGAGCUCUACCUAAUCAAAAGAGCAGGCAGUUCUUUUAAAGAUGGGGGAAAACAAGUUACUGCUCCAAAGUCAAGAACAGGUAGACUGAAAAAUCCGUUUGUGAAGGUGGAAGACAGAAGUCGCCACUACCGACCGUUUUAUCUGCAGUUACCCAGUUUUCCAGUUCUGAACUACUGUGUUCCAAAACCGUAUAGCCCAUUUGAGGUGGAUAAGAAGCAUCCUUCUGGCCAAAAGCAAACUCAGUCUAAGCAAAGCAGAAACAAAAUAAAUAGUGACAAGGACUGUGGAACUCCUGUUCAGCUCCCUCAGAAGGACAAAAAAAAGAGAGGAUAUUGUGAAUGUUGUGGGAAGAAAUAUGAAGAUCUGCAAACACAUCUUGAAAGUGAACAGCACCGAAAUUUUGCACAAAGCACACAAUAUCAAGUUGUUGAUGAUAUAAUCUCAAAGUUUGUUUAUGAGUUUGUUGAAUACAAAGAUGAUGCAAAAAAAAUAAAAAGGACAAAAUGUAGUACAGGAUAUUUUUCUCCUAUUAUUGGAAAGAUAACUAGACCAGAUGAGCUGAAGGAACGACUGAAAAAGCAACGCAUUUCACUGAAAAGUUAUUCGUGGAAGGAUACGGCAAUGCGGGCACUCAAACUGGAUCGCCAGCCUGCAGAAGUACAACCAAAUUCUGUUUCAAUACCUACCCCUGUUUCUGGAUCUGCGUGUUCAGUUCUUCAUUGUCACCUGUCACAACCUUCAGAACUAAAAAGUAAGUUCAGAAGUAAUGAUGAAAAUGUUAAAGCUGAUUGCUCCUGUGCUGCAAACUUAAGAGAGACUGUUGUAUCAUCAAAUUUCAUACAACCACCCCCUCAGAAAGAUGACAAAGCCUACGCGGAGAACUUGUCUCGAGUUUAUGAGCCAUUCAGUAAAGAAAUACUGGAACCAGAAGUAAAGAAAAAGAAUAUAGAGUGUUUUCAGGAAGGCGUGUAUACUUUAUAUUCUCAUACAAAGGUUACAGAUUUUAGUGAAAAAGACAAAAACUUAGCACAGCCAAAACGAAAAUUAAAUAAUGCAGUAGUUCUACCAGCAAAGUGCUUGAAAAAAACAGAUGCCAAUCCUACGUUUGUCACAAAACAUGAUUUAUGUGAUAAUGAUCAACAGAUGCAGAACAAUGUUGUUCUGGAGGCUGAGGUAUCUGAUACUGCUGUAAACAAAGAACUUAACGAAUUGGCUGCCAGCACUGCACACAGUUCACCGUCUGGAAAGCUGUGCAGAAAAGUGAAGCUUUACUUGGGAAGAAAUAAAAGAGAAAGCCAGAAACAGAAUAUGGAGUUAUGUGUAAAGUAUACAGACGGACUGUCAGUUCCUGAAGAGAAGAGAAGUUCUUGUAACUCACCAGUGCAGGCCCUACUGGAAUUAUUUCAGACAAGUGAGAUAAACUCAGAAUUUGCAGGUUUUUCAAGUUACACUGAGAACAAAGGUUCAACUAGCAUAAAAGAUGUAUGGGAAGGGCAGAAUACAAAUGUUAUGUGGUCAUUAUUUUCCUCUUCAUCCUCAUCCCCAUUUGUUGGAUUUUAA